AUGGCACUGCCAGCCCGGGAGCGCCCACCACCGUGUGGCCCCUGGGCCCCCCCGAUGCCCCAGCUACUUCAGCCAUUUGUCUUACCCAAAGCCUUCUACACCAGCGUGUCUCGGGGCCACCUCUCCCAUUGCACCUCCCCGGUGCGCAACGCCAUCCCACCGGCGCAGCAGCUCACCCCUCAGGGAUCAUCCCCGCUGCGAGCUCCCCGCUCACCCGGCAGAGCGCAGGGGGACGCCCGUGCUCAGGGCCCGCUCGGUGGGUGCUCCAGGAGACCCCCCCCGGCCCUCAGCCCAGCACAUCUCCCUCUCGCCCGCGCAGGUCUGCGAACGGCUCCGUACGGCGGCUGCUUCAACCCCAGCACCUUCCGCUCUCAGCGGGCAAACACCACCCCACUUCCACCAGCCACCUUCGCCAUCGGCCACGGCGCUCCUUUUCCACCGGGCGCUGCCCUCUGGGGACCCCAGGGCUGCGGGACCCCCUUGGCCUGGGCGGACCGACGGGCCCCCCGGGACCAUGCGCAGCUGUUUGUGCCCUACAAGCGUCAGAGGACAGCGGCUGCCCCAGCCCCAGCGGUGCUGCCGCUGUCCCUCCCUGGCUACCACCACCUCGAGGGGCCAUACGCACAGCGCAGCCUGUCCGGCACAGCCCAACCCUUGGGGCCACCCCUGGGCAGUGGCAGCCCCCCCGUUCACCGUACCCCCGAGGAUAAUGGCACCGGCCCAGGCAAUGACAUCAGCCUGGCCAGCGAUGUCCCCAUGGAGGAGGACACCCUCCCGGAUGGUGACAUCUCCCUGGCCAGCGAUGUCACCAUGGAGGAGGGCACCCUCCCGGAUGGUGACAUCUCCCUGGCCAGCGAUGUCCCCAUGGAGGAGGCUGUCCUCCCAUGCGGCGACAUCUCCCCCAGCCCCUCUGCCACCCUCCGCGUCCAAGCCGUCAGGGGCCGGGCGGCGAUUCCAGCCGGCAGUAUUGCGCUGCCUAAGGAGGUGCUGCUGGAUGGGGCUAAGAGGUGCUUAGAUCGCUCCCCGAGGGCAGUGGGGACCAGCCAGGGUGGUCCCAGCUGCGUCCCCACGCCCAAGGACCCUGCCGCCCCCCACCACAAGGUCAGCUCGCACGCUCUGCCUGAGAAGAUGCUCCCGCCUGACUAUGGUGUCCCCAGCACCUCCAAGGCCAUCCUGAGCGUGGAGCACUUCAACACCACCAGGAUGAAGCCCAAGGAUCCACGGCAGGAUGCGGGGACACACCUGCCACGACUCCACCAGGGCAGCACGUCCCCGCACAACAUCACGCUGGACGAGCAAGGGAAAAAGCACCGGAACGGCUCCGUGCCAAAAAAAGGCAGCAAGCGCAAGGCUCCUGCACUCAGUGCUCCAGCAAGAGUGUGGGAAUAG